UGUUGCUUUGGUGCUUUAAACCAAAUUGACGUGAGUGGGGGUGCUUGUCUGGAAAACACGUGCCUUGGUCCAAAUUCCCCGGAAUCUACACAGUGCAGGUUUUCUCCAUUAAUUGCUCCAAUUCGGCAGAGCAAAGCCUUCACCUCCGGCUUCAUUAUUGGAUCACGGCAGGCCUAAUUCCAGUUGGAUCGCGAUGGCCCCAGGAACAGUGGAAACUGAGGUGCAAAGUGGGGGCGAGCAAGCCCUUUUAGAGAAAACCCUCAAGAAGAGUGUUAAAGGUGUCCAGGACAUCGAGCCUUUGAAUGAUAAAGGCGAUGACCCUAAGGCGGACAGGGAUUCAGAGAACAGCAAAGAUAAGUUGUCGAAGGAUGUGGAAGAAAAGGAGAAGGAUGAAAGCGAGGACAAAGUCGUCUUUAUCCAAGACGUCGGGUUUACCAUUAAGAUCCAAAGUCCCGGCGUUGAAGCUUUUGAUAUCCAGGUGUCCAGUAUGGAACUAGUUCAAGAAAUUCAUCAGUUGCUGAUGGACCGGGAGGAUACGUGCCACCGCACUUGCUUCUCUUUGCAAUUGGACGGCAACAGCCUGGACAACUUUGCCGAGCUGAAGAACAUUGACGGGCUGAAAGAGGGCUCAAUUAUCAAGGUGGUGGAGGAGCCCUAUACGAUGCGAGAGGCCAGAAUUCACGUAAGACACGUGCGCGACUUGCUCAAGUCAAUUGAUCCUGGCGAUGCCUACAAUGGGAUGGAGUGCAACUCUCUGAGCUUCCUCAACACCGUCACUCAGGGCGAUAUAUUAGAGAAGAAACGGAUGCGACCGGAGAGCGUCGAUUGCACCCCGCCGGAUUAUAUUAUGCCCGAGAGCAAAGACCGACCGCUCACCGCGUUACAGCCCCAAUUUAAGGACCAGAAAUCGCCGCAGUGUGUGAAGGUUUUGACCACGUCUGCUUGGAAUCCGCCUCCUGGUUACCGAAAACUCCACGGAGAUCUGAUGUAUCUCUAUGUGGUCACUUUAGAGGAUAAGCAUUACCACAUAUCGGCUUGCUCUAGAGGAUUUUACAUCAAUCAGUCAACAGCGGAAGAGUUCAACCCAAAGCCCCAAUCGCCUAGUCAUUUGUGCCAUUCACUCAUUGAGUUGUUGAAUCAAAUUUCGCCUCAAUUUAAGCGCAACUUUGCCACCUUGCAGAAGAAACGCAACCAACGCCAUCCUUUUGAGAGAGUGGCGACUCCAUAUCAGCUCUAUGCGUGGUGUGCACCUACCAUGGACCAUUCCAUCGAUGCCAUCCGCGCAGAAGACUCUUUGUCUUCGAAAUUGGGCUAUGAGGAGCACAUACCCGGUCAGACCCGUGACUGGAACGAAGAGCUGCAAACCACCAGGGAGUUGCCCAGGAAAACCUUACCCGAAAGACUUUUGCGCGAACGCGCUAUAUUUAAGGUACAUAGCGACUUUGUGGCUGCAGCCACUAGGGGAGCGAUGGCAGUAAUCGAUGGGAACGUGAUGGCCAUCAAUCCUGGCGAGGAAGCGAAAAUGCAAAUGUUCAUAUGGAACAACAUUUUCUUCUCAUUGGGAUUCGACGUGCGAGAUCAUUACAAAGAACUUGGCGGCGACGCCGCCGCUUUUGUAGCACCACGUAACGAUCUACAGGGUGUCCGCGUAUAUAGUGCGGUGGAUUUACCUGGCUUGUACACGCUGGGCACAGUCGUAGUGGAUUAUAGAGGGUACAGAGUAACAGCCCAGUCGAUUAUUCCCGGGAUCUUGGAGCGUGAACAGGAACAGUCAGUGGUGUAUGGCUCAAUUGACUUUGGAAAGACCGUUCUGUCCCAUCCGAAGUAUCUAGAUUUGCUCAACAAGGCGGGCCAGCAGUUAAAAAUCUUACCCCACCAUGUGCUGAACGAAAAGGACGAGGCCGUCGAGCUGUGCUCAAGCGUUGAAUGCAAGGGGAUUAUAGGGAACGAUGGUCGGCACUACAUCCUCGAUCUACUGCGAACGUUCCCACCCGAUGUCAACUUUCUCAAACUGGAUGGAGAGGAGCUGAGUAAAGAGGUGAUUGCGCACGGUUUUCCCAUCGAACACAAACACAAGCUUUGUUGUCUGCGCCAAGAACUGAUUGAUGGCUUUGUCGAGGCUCGUUACAUGAUGUUCAUCAAGUACGCAGCAUACCACCUGCAGCAGCUCAACAUGAAGAAGACGGGAGAUAAAAUUGGACAGAGAACUGCCAUUGAGGAAAACACAGGCGACAACAAGGACAAUAAGGAAGUAGAGAAAGAGAUCAGCAAGGACGAGGAAAAAGAGAAGGACGAGCGCGAAGAGAAAAAGAGCCAAAUGGAGGAUGAUGAAGCGAAGAAAAUUGUGGAGAGUAUCACCGAUGGCACGAAGAUCGAGCUAGAAGAGAGCACAAAGAACAUCGUAAAAACUGCCUGUAUCGCUGUCGGUUCAUUGAAGGAUGGGGAAUUCGACAUCCGGUUCAAUCCCGACGUGUACUCGCCUGGUAUCAAACACUCUGAGAGUCUGGAUCCUCCAUUGUCCACGCAAAGGCAACUGGUGAAAGAUGCGGCCGAGUUUCUCUUGACUGUGCAAAUUCCUACUUUUAUCCGCGACUGUCUGGAUCACUCUUCGGCGCCAAUGGACGGCGUGACUCUGUCUGAAGCCAUGCACAAUCGCGGCAUCAACAUGCGUUACCUGGGCAAAGUUACCAGCCUCCUGGCCAAAGUUAGACAGCUCGAAUACCUGUACAGCAUUGCUGUGGGAGAAUUAAUUCUUCGUUCGGCCAAGCACCUUUUCACCGCCUACCUGCAGGGCUGCGAGAUGAUGAACCUAUCAGUAGCUAUCGCUCACUUUUUGAACUGUUUCUUCUAUUCGGGCGGCGUGGUGCCAAAUCCGUUGCAAAAUGUUGACGAGUUUCAGAGCAAAAACAACAAAAAGCGGAACAAGCGUCGAGGUCGCGUCAAUCCACUGAUAGGCAACGACAACAACGAGUGGGCAAAUUUGAGUCCCAAGUCGCUUUGGAACCAACUCAAGCAAGACCUCAAAGCGUACUACGAUUACGAUUUGGUUUCCAAUGAGAUCGAUACUGUCACGGAGGCAUACAAGUUGCAGAAAGUGUCUCUUUUGAGAGGGCUCUGCUUGAAGACUGGUUUGCAAGUAUUGCUGCGAGACUACAAUUUGGACUCAAAGAACAAGCUCAUCUUCUUCGAGGAGGACAUUCUGAAUAUAUUCCCAAUCGUCAAGCACAUCAAUCCAAGGGCGACGGAUGCUUACAACUUCUAUACCACUGGGCAAAGUAAGAUUCAGCAAGGCUACUUCAAGGACGGGUAUGAGUUAAUCAAUGAAGCUCUGAAUCUCCUGAACAACGUGUACGGCGCGAUGCAUCCAGAGAUUGCUCAGUGUCUCAGAAUGAUCGCGCGACUAAACUAUGUGAUGGGCGAGCACGCGGAAGCGAUGGCCUACCAGCAGAAGGCUGUGCUGAUGUCCGAAAGAGUGAAUGGCAUCGACCAUCCGUACACUAUUACCGAAUACGCCCACUUGGCGUUGUACUGUUUCGCCAAUAGUCAGAUUAGCACCGCAUUGAAGUUACUGUACAGAGCCCGGUAUCUAGCAGUAAUAGUAUGCGGCGAAAAUCAUCCUGAGGUGGCUUUACUAGACGUCAAUAUCAGUUUGAUUCUGCACGCCGUUGGCGAAUACGAACUAUCGUUAAAGUUCCUAGAAAAGGCCUUGGCCCUCAACAUUAAGUACUACGGAGCCAAAUCUCUUAAGGUGGCUGUGACCUAUCACUUGGUAGCCAGGACGCAGAGCUGCAUGGGCAACUUUCGCUCUGCACUCACCAACGAAAAGGAAGCGUUCACCAUCUACAAGACCCAGCUGGGAGAAAAUCACGAAAAAACCAAAGAAUCUUCUGAGUGCCUGAAGCAUCUCACGCAACAAGCCGUGGUGUUGCAAAAGAAAAUGAAUGAAAUCUAUACGGGGAAGAAUGGGGCCACAUUGCCACCAAUUCAGAUUCAGCCGCCUUCUAUGGGUUCAGUGCUCGAUAUGCUUAACGUGGUCAACGGCAUUCUUUUUUUGCAAAUCAGUUCUGAAGAAAUCGAGACGUUCAAGACGGAAAUGGAGAAGCGGCAACAGCAAGAAGCUCCAGAAGACGAAAAACAACUGAAGCUGGAAGAGGCAAAAGUUGACGAAGGCUAGUAGUGGUGAUUGCAAUUUUUUUCAAGUAGGGGUCAUGCAGCUGGUGGUAACCUCGUUCUAGAUACGUUGGUAUAGAAGGUCUGUGAAUUACUGUCGAACGGUUUUUUUUCCUAUAUUUUCUAGAAAGCCAAAAAUCCCAUAUAAUUAAAUAUUGCCAUGUUUUGUUUCCGCUACGUCUCUCAACACCGCAUUAAUUGUUUUAUUUAAUAACCGGUAAACAAUUGAGGAACCCGUGGAGACUGAAUGUCGCAAAAUAUUUUUUUUGUUUUGCUGUGCUGUGAUAUAUCUAGUGCUACAAGUGUAUGUGCAAGGCGAAGGCUCAAUCAGGGCGCUGGUUUUCAUUGUUUAGGGCCCUCGUUGAGCCAGUCGAUCGUUCAUCUUAACUGUAUUAAUCCCAAAAUCGAUACUUCUAUGCCAAAACGAUAUGAAACUGGCCAGGCUUGGCGAUUGUCUUUUUUCUGAAUCGUAAGUGAUUAUAGACAUGUGAUUAGUUUGAACUGUAGUGGUUGGGAAAUGUUGGUUUUUGUUCAGUUCCAUCAAAUCCUGAUGGGAGAAAAAGAGUGGAGCGAACUUGCCAACAAAAGAUGAUUUUUUGCACUUGGCAAGUGCAGUUAUAGUUGUCAAUUUUUCUAUUCCCAGUUUUGUUAAUAAAUGUUAUUACAUUUGAAAAAAAUUGUAUAUUUACUCAGAUCAAACACUAUCACGACGGCGCUGUGUUCGAAGAAUUUGCGAUAUUUAAUUGCAGAUACCGAGUAAAGUGUAAACUAAAAAAAAGCGAAAUUUUGCCGAAUAGGUCAAAAAUCACCUUUAAACUUCGACCUGAACGGUGUGCAAAGCCGCAGAUAACCGGUAAUCAUUAUCGUUCGUUUAUUAUUUCUAGUUAAUAUUGACAAGCAGCCCGGUACAAAGUGCUUAACAGAAGCGUGACCACUUCAUUCUCCGUUCCCGUAUCUUAUCUAGGCCAUAUAUUCGAAAUACAUUGGCCAAUUAAAUCGUCUAUAAAUGAACAAUCGGAAAAAUCUGCGUGUGAAAGUGUAUUUUUAGCUGUAGUGAAAUGGAAGACAGUGUGGAAGUGCAAUGGGAGGAGCUCGAGGUGGAGUACAAAAAGCUAGAGGAGGCGCACCAGGUCUACUUGAGGAGGCUGAAGGAGAUCACCAGCCAGCAGAGCAGCUUCCUGGCACAAAUCGGCCAUCAGAGAUACAGACUGAAGGCGAUUAAUGCGGGCUUGAAGACAGAGAUCAGUACCGAAAGGCUGAGAGAAAUUCGGAAUGAGAGCCUAAAACGGGAGGCCCAACUGCAACUGAUCGAAGAGACUUUGCCCCAUCAAGGCGGGUUGUACCUGAAAAUCAUACUGGGGAACAUUAACGUUGGUUUCCUGGGCCAAGAGGUCAAGUUCAAGUACAAAGACUCGUACGAAAAAUUCAAACUUGUAUGUAUCAUCAUAGCCGCGGUUCUGUUGCUCCUCAACAUGUCACUGACGUCCAGGUUUCUGCAAAAACUGUACUUGUUCUUCCUGGUGUGGUACUACUGUACAUUAACGAUACGCGAAAGCGUGCUGAGAGCGAACGGCUCAAAAAUCAAGGCGUGGUGGAGGAUCCAUCAUGGGUUGUCGGUGUUUGCGGCUAUUGUCCUACUCGUCUGGCCGGAGAACGACACCUGGGACACUUUCAGGGCACAGUUCUUCCGGUACAGCUUGUACAACUGUUUGGUGCAGUACUUGCAGUUUAAUUAUCAGCGCGGCGCAUUGUAUCGGAUGCGGGCUUUGGGGAUGAAGGGCAACAUGGAGAUCACCGUGGAAGGCUUCCAGCACUGGAUGUGGAGAGGAUUGACCUUUCUCUACCCCUUCCUGUUCGGCUCUUACUUGUACCAGCUAGUCAACGCCUACACCCUGUACGAGCUGUACAAUCACCAUCCGGAUGCAUCGUGGCAUGUGCUGGCGAUGUGUUUGUUCAUGUCGGUGUUUUUCAUUGGCAAUUCCAUCACCACGCUGAUGGUCAUUCCCGGGAAGAUGAAGAACAAAAUGCUGGUACGAUACAAGAUGAUGGCGCGCAAACUGUACAAUGUAGUAAACGUUCCAAAUUUGACCAAAAAUAAACCUUUAUAAAGAGCG